AUGGUGAUCUUCGAAUCAUCACAGAAUCCCAAACUGGUCCUGACCGGGAAGGAAGCUCUGACCCACUUCCCAUCGCUGGGCGGCCCGGGGGGCUCGGGCCCGGCUCAGGGGCACGUGAAGCAGUGCGAGCUGCUCCAGCUGUCCCGCAAGCAGAAGCGGCUGUGCCGGAGGGAGCCGGGGCUGGCGGAGACGCUGCGGGACGCGAUCCGCCUGGGCAUCCUGGAGUGCCAGUUCCAGUUCCGCAGUGAGCGCUGGAACUGCAGCCUGGAGGGCCGGCCCAGCCUGCUCAAGAGAGGUUUUAAGGAAACAGCCUUCCUGUACGCAGUGUCCUCGGCCGCCCUGACGCACUCGCUGGCGCGGGCGUGCAGCGCGGGCCGCAUGGAGCGCUGCACCUGCGACGACUCCCCGGGCCUGGAGAACCGCAAGGCCUGGCAGUGGGGAGUCUGUGGGGACAACCUCAAGUACAGCACCAAGUUCCUGAAAAAGUUCCUGGGGCAGAAGAGGAUCGGCAAAGACCUGCGGGCCAAGGUGGACAUCCACAACACCAACGUGGGCAUCAAGGCGGUGAAGAACGGCCUCAAAACCACCUGUAAGUGCCACGGCGUGUCGGGCUCCUGCGCGGUUCGGACCUGCUGGAAGCAGCUCUCCCCUUUCCACGAGAUCGGGCGGCUCCUCAAGCUCCGCUACGACGACGCCGUCAAAGUCUUCAGCACCAGCAACGACGCCGUGGGGCACUCGGAGCUGGCGGGGCCGCACAGACACGGCCCCUCGGCCAAGCAGCCCCUCCUGCCCCGUCCCACAGACCUGGUGUACGUGGAGGACUCGCCCAGCUUCUGCCGGCCCAGCAAAUACUCGCUGGGCACCGCCGGCAGGACCUGCUCCCGGGAGGGCAGCUGCGACAGCAUGUGCUGCGGCAGGGGCUACAACACCCAGAGCCGCCUGGUGACCUUCUCCUGCCACUGCCAGGUGCAGUGGUGCUGCUACGUGGAGUGCCAGCAGUGCAUGCAGGAGGAGGUGGUGUACAGCUGCAAGCAGUAGGGCCGGAGCCCGAGGGGCGAGGAGAGGCGGGGAAGCAGCAGGGGGACAGGGACACGGCUCUGCUGAGCGCAGAGGAAGCACCGAAGGCGGGCUGUGCUCCUCUGCCUCGGCCAUGAGAUGCUGCAGCCUGGGGAGAGCCCCUGCGGCUUUGUCGGGUGUGGGGUCAGGACAGAGCGGGGGGGAUGUGGGGACGGUGCAAACGCUGGUGCAGCCACAAAUGUCCCUCGAGCUCAAACCCGCACUCGCCUCUGCGGGAGCAUCCUCCUUCUCCGCGGCCCAGGUGCUCUCCUGGAAAUGCAUUGGGGUGGUGACACCGGGACACUGAGGGCUCUCAGUGCCCUGGCUCCUGCAGAGAAGAGAAUGAAGGGACUGGGGAGGCGACAGCCGGACACUGGCUCCAGGUGUGGCAGGGACAGCCAAGGCAGAAGGGUCCUGGCAGUGGGGGAUUGCCAGUGCCAUUCCUGGGGAGCUGGCUGAACCCUUCCUGCUGUGAGAUCACCGACACAGUGCUGAAUAACCUCAUUUUGGCACAAGAGUUGUGCCUCAGAAAUACCAGUUUACAAACAAAGGGAGCUCACAUCCGUCACCUCCCAGGUCUGUAAGUUUGGAUAUUGGACUCCAGGUGUGUUUUAAGCACGUUUUAACCUUGCUGUUCCAGGUCACCUGGAAUUGCUCUGUGACAGUGUUUGAGCCACAGCUGAGGGCCGUGGAGCCACCCCUCUGCAGCACAUGGCCUCAAAGGGGGGGAUUUUUGUGGUGGAGAUCCAGGGUGAUGGUGCCAGUUACUCAUCUCUCUUCCUCCUCCCCCCCAGUUAAUCAAUCACCUUUCUGUCUCAUGUGCAGCCCACUCUGCCUGGUGCCCGAGGUGUGCCACACCCCACAGUCCUGUGCCAGUGACAGAUAAAGCUUCUGAAAGGGAAUUAGGAGCCACAGGAACUGGGGCAUCUGGAAAAUGAGCAAGUCAUGAGUGACAAUCCCUGCCCUGAGAAGUUGGGUUUGUCCAGCCCCUGCAGGCGUGAGGGCAGGUGACCCAGGGAAAAGAGCACAGGCUGUUAAAGAGUCAUGAGCCCUGACUUUGAACCUUGUUUUUCCCUCUGAUUUUUGGCUGAACACACCAGACGCAGCCUGUUCAGUUCUUGUGGCUGUGAUUUAGUGAGCAGUUUUGGGAAUGGCAGUGAGGCCCCCCUGACCUGGCCACCAGGUGAAUGUAGGUGUAGCACAACCUCUCUGGGUGUUCAGCACUCUGACAGUGUAUUUUCCUGCUCCAGGGUUUUCCUGGUUAAUCCUGCAGUGGCUCUGGAUUGUCCCUGAGGUAACAAAUCUGUAUUUAUUCAAGUCUUGGCAAUGGGUACAAACCAGCCAGAGUGGAGAUGGGCUGGUGCUGCAAAGAAUACGGGAAUCCUUAAGCUCAAAUCAAAAUUCACUGGCAGGGUAAGGGGUGUGAAGAUGCUGCUUUGGGUUGCUAGAUGGAAGAAGAAUUUCAGGCAGAAUUGGGCUGAAUUCCAAUAGGAUGGAGCUCUCCUCAGAGCUGUGGGAUCUGCCCUGUGUGCUCAGCUCUGCAGUGUGGAUCUGCUGGAGUUGGGCAGCUCAGCCACUCAUUUACAGCUGCUCUGAGCAAUUCCUCCUCAGUGAGGAGCGUGUGCUCAUGCUCUCUUUACCUUGACUUUGUUGCCCUUUUGGUUUUUACAACUAUUUUUGACUUCUGCUCCCUCCAGGGCUGGCACAGAGCAGUCUCAGAGCAGAUCAAGCCAUUAACUGGCUGUUUGGAGGCCACUCAGACCUUCCCUCUCACCAGCUACAGGUCUUUUAAAGGGCUUAUUCCUUUUUAUCCCUUUUCUGGCUCAAGUUGACUUGAACUGAAUUAAAGAGUUUAUGACAGACAUAAUACUGCAAAUAGGCUUAAUUAGCCUUAAUUUUUUUUUACCUCCUAAAUACCUAAGAGCAGACCAUUAUUUAUAUGUUGCUUUUAAUCCUUUUGGAGCUGAAAUCUUCCCACGAGUCUCAAUUUUGAGCACUCAAUGAAAAAGUUUCCAAAUAAGCUAAAAUUGGCAUCGUUGGUGGAGUGAGCAGGGAACUCUGGCUGAACUAUUGAUCUCAAACCCUCUGCCCCACUGACCUUGUGCAGCACCAGAGAGGAAGGGAAUACCCCAUCUCAGGAGGGUCCUUUGGGGUCCCAUGUCACCACAUGGAUCAUUCACAUUUAAACAGGGACUGUGGCUCAGUGCAAAGAGGUGGGGGGCACAGCUGGACCCCAUUUCUUGGGAAGCAAGUGGAGGAGACACCAUUCUGUCCUCUUGCUCUUAUCAAAGCUGCAUGGGAGGGAAUUGCUGAAUAAGAACUGGACAAAACCAAAUUUCAGGGAAAAUUAAAUUUCUUUAUGUACCAAAGGGGACUUUUGGAAACUCUUCAUCCUGUGUGGCUCAGAGCUGCUGGACAAGAUCUGAGGAAGAGAGUUCAUUCUCUGGUACCACAGGGUGGAUUUGGACUCAGUGGGAUGUGGAAAUUUGGCAUUGGGCUGGAGUGAAUUUGGGUUGUUCACUGUUAAGCCAGGUCUGGACAAGGACAUCUGGUGUCCCCAGCUUUGCUCUGGUUAACUCAGAGCCCCUUUCAGCCCCUCCUGACACUGCUGCAAAUCCUCCUGUCCAAGCCCUGCCAGGCAGCGCAGCCUCAAGGGCUGGAAACCAAAUGAUGAACACUGAUGGGAGAGAAAUAAUUUCAAAUGCCCCAUUUGAGGAUUGGGAAAAGACUUGAGCGUAGA